CAGGGUGGAGUUGGGUUUGGAUCGGAUCCGUUCGUAGAGUCGCAGGGUGGAGUUGGGUUUGAAUCGGAUCCGUUCGCAGAGUCGCAGGGUGGAGUUGGGUUUGAAUCGGAUCCGUUCGCAGAGUCGCAGGGUGGAGUUGGGUUUGGAUCUGAAACAUUUCCUAAAACCCAGCUUAAAGACAAUGAGGGUGUUGCUGGGUUCGACCGAUUUGCUGGAUCUUUAGGGAGCUGCAGUGUUGUGGUUGGUGAAAUUGCUGAAUGUGGGCAGAAUUCAGACCAUUUUGCUAACAGCUGUCCAACAGCUGCCUCAGGAACUGAAGAUCAAUUUUCCAACACCUUGGUUCAUAGUGACAGACAUGGCUUCAACUCUACUCUCACUUACCCAAACUACAUGUGUGGAACUGCAGCAGAGGGAAAGAAAGAAGUUACCAAACCCAGAUAUCACAAAGAGCAAGAAAAUUCAGAUAUGUCCGAAGAUGAGGCUGCAAACCGGAGAUUGGGAAAGUUGUACCAAGAGCUAGAUACAGGAAAGGAAGAGGUACUUUACCUUCCUUCUUCCUCCUCCAGUAUGGUAGACUAGUUUACAGUAGUAAAUAGGUCAAUACAAGUCCACUCCUUUCUUUUACCCUUUCACAGACUGAGGAACUGAAUCAAAUAUUUGUAGAACCAGGAUCCCAGCCUGAGCUCCUUCUCAUCCUAUUUUCUGUCUCUAAAAGUCUUCUGUUGGGUACCGUCAUACCCAUUUUACAUUCAAACCAUCUGUUAACCUCAGCUAGCUUCAUACCCCAAAAACUGUCAUUGAGUAUCUCUGAAGUUUAAUUUAGGAGACUGUUGAUUUAAUAGACCUUUAUAGGUCAUUAAAUCAAUGGUGAAGUGAUGAACAAAGGAGAGGUUUCAGAUAUUUAUCAUUUCUGCUUGUUGAACUCUGUGUUCAAUGUAUAUUAUAUCUAGACUUUCAUUACUUCAGUGUUAAUUACUCUGUACAGUUUUAAGUAUUUUUUCCAAAUGUUUUUAUCUUAUUCCACAUUAAUAGUAACAUGAUUUUUUAUGAUCACACAAUGUUUUAUCUUCAGGACAACAGACAUCAGAUAGUGAGCUUUGUACUUGACAGAAGUAACUUUUAAAGAGGACUGUCACCCAACCAGCAUGUAGAUCAAAAUAUCCUAGUAGAUAAAAGAUCAGCUUCUUCCUCCUUUCCCAGUGUUUGUUAGCUAACCUCAUUUCACUCUUUAGUCUUUACCCCUGAUUUAUGUUAAGAAUUACUGCUUAUGAUUAACUUAUUUUCUGUUUUUGUUUCAUGCAACCUUCAGGAUGCUGCAGCUCCAUCAUUUUUUACAGAUUUUGAUAAGAUGAAUGAGAGUGAAUCAACAGAAGAAGUUCCUGCAGCAUCACUGAUACAAACAGCCAAUGAAUUCAAAGAGGGAACAGCACCCCCUGCUGGAGAACAGUGUCCGAGUCCAUCUCUUCCUGCUGAUGAAGACUUUGAACAGCAGCCUCCGGAAUCAAACGUGGAGGAAGUUCCAGCUCCCCCUGCUGGUAAAGCCAAAGAACAUGAGGCUCCUACUGAUGAUGAAGAGGACGACAAACCUUCAGAGAAUCAGCAGGACGAAGAGCCAGCUGCUAAAGCUGGAAGUCCGGAGAAGCCAGAGCCUGCUGAGGUUUGUUAAAUCAAUUACUUUUUAUAUGUCUUGUUAAAUUUUCACUAAUUAGUCUUUUCAACAUUUCCUGUUCAAUUUAAUUCUGUUUAUUUAUUCACAACAAAUGUCUUCUCGAGGCCUUUUACAAAGCAAAGAUUGUUUCAAUUCAACCACACUUGCAUUACAUUUGACCACAUUUAUCAAACAGUGCAGAAUGCUCAAUUAAUUAUUCAAAGUAGAUUAAAAAAAUUCUCUCUUACUAAACCCAACAGAUUGCAUUGAGUUGUUGACUUGCAGUACGACUCCUACUGACCAGCAGGGGGCAACAAUCGCUUGCAUUGUGAUGUCAACAUUACAGCAAUCCCUCAUACUAGGCAUGUCAUAAACAUGAAUACGUAGACGCCUCAAGGAGUGAGUCG